AUGCUGCAGAAAGCGGCUCGCCUCCUGCAUGCCAGCAGCAGCAACAGCAGCAGCAGCAGCAGCAGCAGCAGAUGUUUAGGGGGCCUCUCAUCUCUGCCUCCGCUGCAGCAAGCACUCAAUAGGAGAUUCUAUAAAACCUCAGUUUGCUGCUUCCUGCAGCAGCAGCAGCAGCAGCAGCAGCAGGCUUACAAACUGCAGCAGCAAAGCUGCAUGCAGUCUGCUGCUGCUGCACCUUCACCUCCUCAGCUGCUGCGUCGAUCUUUCUUUGCUGCCCGCACAAACACAAACAGCCUUCAGCAGCAGCAGCAACUCCAUGCAGCAGCAGCAGCAGCAGCAGCAGCAGCAGUACAGCAGCAGCAGCAGCAGCAGAAACGGUGUGCGACAACUGGGAUUUUUGCUCGAGCUGCUUCAGUGGACAGCAGCAGCAGCUGCAGCAGCAACGACACCAGCGAGAGCGCCACAUGCACCAGCAGCAGCAGCAGCACCAGCACCAGCAGCAGCAGCAGCAGCAGCAGCAGCAGCAGGAGCAGCAGCAGCAGCAGCAGCAGCGUUCAAGUGGACUUUGUGAGCGGGCACGAGUUUGGGGUGUACAUACACCUGCCGUUUUGUCUGCGUCGCUGUCACUUCUGUGCGUUUCCUAUUGUGCUGCUGCCGAGCAGCAGCAAAGCAGCAGCAGCAGCAGCAGCAGAAGCAUAUCUCCCGCUGCUGCAGCAGGAAAUGGCUGCGGAAUUCGAGGCCUUCUUAGACUCGCACAGACAAAGAGUGCAGCAGCUGCAGCAGCACCAAGAGGAAAGCGGUUGCUGCGGUCUGUUUAUUUUGGGGGGGGUACGCCCUCGCUGA